AUGCAUCGCGGAUACGUUGAUUCAACGAGGAGGCAGGGCCCACGAUUCAGGAACCUUGCGAUUCUUGGUUAUAGUCUGAUUCGCAGUGGGAAAUUGGGAAUUACAUCCAGGCAGGUAAUGAUUACGGAGAAAACGUGCGCCGUUGCCUCCGAAGCAUCUGACGUUGGAUGUGAUGCGGAAAUAAAAGGUCUGGACUGCUCUACAUCCAGCAGACGAAUAGACACGCAGGCAACACGAAGGCGAUCAAAUCAACGUCGUGCAAGUGGCCUCCAUUUUCUAUCGUCCUUUCGUUCGUUAAGAUGA